UGAUAUGAGAGCCAGGUGAAGGCAACGAUUUCAUCUUCAAACCAAAGAUGACAAGGUCAGACGGUGGUUCGCGCCUUGGUGCUGCUGCGCUGCCACUCGGCCUCUAGCUUUGUCCAGGCGGUGCUCUACUCCACAGCUAGCUACAGUAGCUAGCUACCGCGGGGAUUAUCUCGAGUCGUGAACGACGCGUCAAACGUCAUCCCCAGUCUACGACUGAGCUCCAGCCUUCUCUGUUCGACGCUCUGACCUCGACUGGUCAACACACUGAGCUGCCUUGCUUUCGAACUGAAGCAGCUAGCUCACGAGUUGAAUACAACACAUUCGUUACUUCUGCACUCCUUUCUGGCUGUCACUUGGGCAAAAUAAUAAUUUUGAUGUGAAGACUACAUUCCGCAAAAUUAUUGUUGUGUGUGAUCUGACACGGCGACAUCGAUAGCAAGAAGUCAGUGAGGGUCUUCCGUCGCGAUAAGUACCCUUGGAUCCUGGUAGCAGAUAGACAGCUAAGCUUGGCCAGUCCUGCUGGGGAUUUGAGCUGGUCGAUAACUGGUACUAGUACUUGCCGUCCAUGCUGAUUUCUAGGUGUGCAGAAUCCCUUCCCCGCUGUGCGAGCGUUCUCACAGUCAUUGCAUAAAGAUAUUAUUAGUAAUAGUAUUACCCUAUUUACCCCUCAUCGAUCAUCAGAAUCAGUAACCGCGCGCUGAACCUCCUUGCCGUUCAUCCGUAGCCUCCUCAGCCUACACGCUAUUCUGUACUCUACGAAACGACGCUGGUGGUAUGGCGCUGUACUAGUAGCAGCAGGGGCUGUGGAUGUCGUCACACCUCCUCUCUUCUAGAGUAGUGUUUGGUUGUUAGUCAAUCGACAGCUGCAUUUUCCUGGACAGAACGCACGCACCGGAGCAGAGACUCGAGAGAGCGUCCACGGUGCAAGUGCUGCCUGCUCUGCUCCGCUCACGGCGAAUCAGGAGAAGUGCUGCUGCACCCGACCGUGCCGGAGUAGCUCUGCUGGUAAAAUUAGGGGUGUAGAUUCCGGACGCCACCACCGUCGAGGCGUCGACGAGAAAUCACAAUGAGCGAUGGCGACGCCGUGCGCAGAGCGCUGCCGGAGGACAUGGAGGUGGUCAUGAAACAAGUCGUGCGACUCGAGACGAAACCAGAAAGAUGGGAGGAACGAAUCGCCGUGGUCUCAGACCGCCGGGUCUACAUAGUCAGCGUGGCAAAGGCCAGCAGGGGAAAGAAACCUGGCCAUUCAAGGGUCGAGCAGACUUUCCAUUUGCUGCAUGUGUCACACAUCGCGAGCGUUGGACCAUCUAGGUUGAGCCUUACAGUGAAAGGUCGGCCGCUGAACAUGGAAAUGGUCAGUCAGACGGCGGUCGACCAGUUGAUCGCGCUGAUGUUGAUCGAGAUCGAGGGUCACCUGCCGGUCAACUCUGGAUCAAUCAGCCUGCAGGUGGAGCCGGAGGAACGAGAGAAUGCCUUGCUGGCGUCAGCCGAGCGCGAGCUCAAACAGGCACAGCAGAACAUAGGGCCGUGUGGUGGCUUCGUGAAAGCGUAUCGGUUUCUGUGCGACUACUUCGAACUGCCGAUUAGGGAAGAUGUCGCAUGGCAAAUUGAUGCCGUGUAUCGCGGAGCAAACAAGAAGUCAUUGGAAUUGCGAGAUUUUGCACAUCUGGCACCUGGCGACAUGCUGCCACUGAUAGCUUCUCUGUGCUUCAAUGACUUCUUCACCACACUUGACUGUAGCCACGUAAAGCUGACACCAGAAUGUCAAGAGCGUCUAUCGUAUGUUUUCCGCAAGAACACCACGUUGAAGUCAGUGCUAUUGGAAGCAACUGGCCUGAAAGGCGAUACCUUAUUUCACAAGAUCAUCUCCAGUAUAGCUGGCAACGAGCAGCUGAAGCUGGAACAUGUAGACUUUUCCCAUAAUGGCCUAGAAGACAAAGGCAUUCAGAUGUGUGCCCAGUGGCUGGAAGUUAGCAAGAACCCGCUGGCAUCACUGAACCUGGCCAAUACAAAGUGUUCAAAUCGAGGUGCAAAUGCAGUCGGUCGUGCUCUGGCAGAGAACAAGAGCAUGGUAGCGGCUAUGAAGAGACUCGUCCUGUCUGAGAACUCGCUGGGUAAUGAUGGAUUUGCGGAGCUUGGACGAUUUGUGGCGAGGAGCUCACUACAGUGCUUGGAGCUGCAGAGCACUUCAGUGUACUCUGAUCACGUCUUGCAGUGCUUGGCGGAGGGCAAAGUAGCGCAGACCAUUCGCAAGAUCAAUCUCUCCGACAACAAAGUAGCGCAUCCAAAGAAAGGGCAGCGGCUGGAACUGUCCAAGAAGGUAGUUAAGAUGUUCCAGUCAUCGAGUGAACUGGAGUAUUUGAACUUGGCCAACUCGAAGUUUCCCAUCGAGCUGCUAAGAGGUGUCUUCCAAGGCCUACAGGACAACAGUGAACUGACCGGCAUGGAGGUCAUCCUGUGUGGUAACGAGUUUGGUAGCAAUUCCCUUGGAGCUGCGCUAAACGACUGCUGCGCUGCUAUCAAGAAGAUCUCAAAGCUGGACAUCAGCAACAAUGAGCUGGAGAAUGACAUCAUCCCAGUGUGUGCCGCGUUGAGGAGUUGCCAGACUAUCCGUGAACUCUCGCUCGGCGGAAACUUCGGCAAAAGCGGCAAGGUCCAUCCACAAACGCUGCAGGCAGUCGGGAGUCUGAUUGCAGACCCACAGGCUAGCUUAGAAUCAUUGUCGCUAGUCGACAGUCGUAUCCGGGCAGGCAUUGGUGUCAUUCUGCGAGCUCUGCUUGCCGACGAUGUCACUCUCAAAACCUUAGAUAUCAGAGGGAACAUGAUGGGCGAUGUGGGCGCUCACAUUCUGGCCAAGGUUCUGCAAGUCAACACAUCAUUACACACGGUUCACUGGGAUAGAAAUGGCACUACGCAGGUGGGAUUCCGGCACGUGGCCUUCGCACUUGAAUAUAACUACUCCUUGCUGACCAUGCCUAUCCCGCUCGUGGACGGUGCCGCCGUGUUGUCACCGGAAACCGAAUCGCUUCUACAGCGGAUGCAAGAACUGGUGACACGCAACCACUCUCCCAAGAGCCAGCCCGAGAAGAAGAAAGCUCGCCGUCAGAACAUCAUCACAACCAGUGUAGCCGCUGAAGAGCGUCUGGAUCACUUAGUGAGCCUAGCGCAGGACAAGGUCAACCUGUUAAUGACGCAUCGCAAGCAUUCCGAUAUCAAGGAUGCCAUGGAAAAACACGAGCAUCUCAUGGACGUCUGCAAUCAAGCAUCAGAGCUGAUGGGCAACUUUGACCUGAAGGAAGUGCAGCAUGACGACAUCGAGAGGUCACUGAAGAAGUCCCUCGUCGACACGGACUUUGCUCCACUUACUGAUCUCCUGAAGGUGUAUCCGGAUAUGUUUGUGGACCUCGCCAAGGCCAACAUCGGCGACAGCCUGGACGAAGAUACCAUGGAGAACUUGAAGGAGACGGCGGAUAAACAUGCCACACUGGACUCGGCUCGCAUUUCGAAAAUCAUCCACUCUGAGGCAUCGCAUGGCUUCACCAGUGCAAUGAAUGAUGUGGUGUACAGCGUAGCACACAAGUUCUGGGUGGGCGUUCUCAACGCCAUGGUCAAGGUUGUCGGACGCUGGAACGACGAACUGUACACGCUUGUCUUAGCUUGCAAGGGCAGACCAAUGAGUCCCGCAUCACUGGAGAAGGCUGUGAAGUUUUCAGAGGGCACUGCUGAGGAGCCAGCGGAUGAGCCGGAGUCGUUAUCUCUUGCCAUCAGGCAACGCAAGCUGCGCCGGUCACGUCCACCGACCAUAUCGCUGGAUGAGGAGUUUGACCCUAUGGCCCAUGGUGGUACUGAGAGCAAAUGUUGCAAGUAAGUGCUGGUGUUCACUGGGUUCUGCUGAUGAUGAUGGUGCAGGCACUGACCGUGUGU